CUGUCACUGCUACUUCUUGUCUGGUAUUCACAGUUACUUUCAUAUAUAUAUAUAUAUACACCACAUGUGUCUAUCGAUUAUACAUGUGAAGGAAGCGCAGCCUCGCGAAGUUUAUUUACAUCGAACUAUUUAAAAUUUACCCAAUAUACUAGCAUAAGAAACAAAAUCAGAAGAUUCUGAAAAGCCGGAGCACCAUGGGAAAAACAUCAAAGGAUAAACGUGAUAUUUAUUAUCGCCAAGCCAAAGAGGAGGGCUGGCGGGCGCGAAGUGCUUUCAAACUGAUGCACAUCAACGAACAAUUCGGCAUUUUGAAUGAUGUGCGACGCGCUGUAGAUCUCUGCGCUGCGCCCGGCAGCUGGUCCCAGGUGCUCUCGCGCAAGCUCUUCGACUCCUGCCUAACGGAUGAUGAGAAAUCGGAAGUGAAAAUCAUUGCAGUAGAUCUGCAAGCGAUGGCGCCCAUUCGGGGUGUCAUACAGCUACAAGGCGACAUUACCAAGGAGAGCACCGCAGAGGCUAUCAUUGCGCACUUUGGCAACGACGCUGACCAAAAGGCCCAGCUGGUCGUGUGCGAUGGUGCGCCGGAUGUAACUGGCGUCCAUGAAAUGGAUGAGUAUAUGCAGAAUCAGCUGAUUGUCUCGGCGCUGAGUAUUGCCACAUUUGUGCUGGAAACAGGCGGUACAUUUGUGGCCAAAAUAUUUAAGGGCAAUGCCAACAGCCUUCUCGAAUCGCAAAUGCUCACGUUCUUUGAGAAUUUUCACAUCUAUAAGCCGCCCAGUUCCCGUCCAUCGAGCAUUGAAGCUUUCGUCGUGUGCACCGGUUUUCGUUUGCCCCUUGGCUACAUCCCGCAAAUUAUCAACCCGGCACGGGACGAUAUUAGAACACUCGCACGAAAAACUGGCUCCAAGGUCAAUCAACGCCUGGUGCCAUUUAUUGCGUGUGGUGAUUUGAAUGGUGAUGUUGAAGAUUCUGUGUCAGACCUUGAAGACUUUACCUCACACGAUUAUGAACUGGCCUACGAUGAUAUGAUAAACGAUCCGGAUUUUCCCGAUGAAUUCAAAGACGAGCUAGAAGAUGUGUUCUUAGAAGAAAUCGCAAUAAGAAACGUACAAAGUGUUCGAGCCAAAUGCCUUUGGUAGUAGACCCUUGCAGUUUUGAUAAAUAUAAAACU